CACAAACGUUUUAUUUUGCAACUGUUUGGGACUAAUGAUUACACUCCGGAGUGUGGUCUUUGCCGACGUCAUUUCUGUGCGACGUUGUUGUCGCUCCACUUCGCGCUCAGACGGAGGGUUUGGUAAGGCGGAACAUCAAGUGGUGUAUGUAUAGGUGUUUCUGUGGACGGUAGUGUAUCUGCUGCAGCAUGGAGUCUGUGCCAGAGCCCAGGUCUGUCAGACGUUCCCCUCGCACGUCAAAUUCGCCGGACUACAACGCAGCCAAAAAGGAGAGCGGCAAGACCCGGAAGAAGACGAGCAACCUGCAGGAGACUCGGAGGAGAGGAAGAAUGGACAGAAGUAAAGGAGAGGAGGACAUAGCCAAUCAACUGAACAACCUGGAUCUAUGUAACGAGGCUUCAGCCACAGGGACUGGUCUGGUGUUUGACAGCAUGUUCACACACCAUCGCUGUCUCUGGGAUCCCAGCCACCCAGAAUGCCCAGAGAGAGUGAGCACUGUAAUGGACACGGUGGAGAAACAGGGACUGCUGUCUCGCUGUGUUACAGUGGAGGCGAGGGCUGCGUCUAACGAAGAGCUGCACUUAGUUCACACGAAGGAGUAUGUAGAUCUGAUGAGGUCCACUCAGCUUAUGGACGAAGACCAGCUGAAGACGCUGUCUGACUCCUAUGACUCGGUUUACAUCCACCCUGAAUCAUAUACGUGUGCCAGUCUGGCUGUGGGCUCUGUUCUGCAGCUGGUUGAUAAGGUCAUGACCUCAGAGCUCCGGAAUGGAUUCUCUGUUGCUAGACCUCCAGGCCACCACGCCCAGGUCGACCAGAUGAAUGGUUACUGCAUGUUCAACAAUCUGGCCAUCGCAGCGCGCUACGCACAGACACGCCAUCGAGUGGAACGAGUUCUGAUAGUGGACUGGGAUGUGCAUCACGGCCAGGGGAUCCAGUACAUUUUCCAGGAGGAUCCCAGCGUUCUGUACUUCUCAGUCCACAGAUAUGAGGAGGGUUUGUUCUGGCCCCAUCUGCCCGAGUCAGACAGCAGUGCUGUGGGCACCGGUUCUGGGGAGGGAUACAACAUCAACCUGCCCUGGAAUAAGAUUGGAAUGACAGAUGCAGACUACGUUGCCGCAUUCCAGCAGCUUCUUUUGCCUGUAGCCUACGAGUUCCAGCCUCAGCUUGUCCUGGUGGCAGCAGGCUUCGACUCUGUGAUAGGUGAUCCCAAGGGAGAGAUGUCUGCCAGUCCUCAGUGUUUCUCUGUUCUGACUCACAUGCUGCUGGGCCUGGCUCAGGGGAAGUUGCUGUUGGUUCUCGAGGGAGGAUACAACCUACAGUCCACAGCAGAAGGGGUGUGUGCCUGUCUGAGGUCACUAUUGGGGGAGUCCUGCCCCCGCUUGGGGUCACCAUCCAUCCCGAGUGACAGUGCCCUGAAAUCCAUCUCCAGGUCUAUCUCUGCUCUGUACCCUUACUGGACCAGUCUGCAGGUACUGGAGGGAGGGCCUCUAUCAGACAGCGACCCCCUGAACCCAGCCCUGACCCCAGCAGAGAGCAGUAUGGAGUUAGGUGAAGAGCUCUGUGAGGAGAGAGGAGACAGCCUGGACCUGACCACGGGCCUGGUGUACGACCAGAGGAUGAUGGAACAUCACAACAUGUGGGACAGCCACCACCCAGAGCUUCCCCAGAGGAUCCAUCGUAUCUUCACCCGUCACGACGACCUGGGCUUGGUGUCCCGUUGCCUGAGGAUACCGGCUCGACUUGCCUUAGAGGAGGAGCUGGCUCUGUGCCACAGCUUGGAGCACAUAGCCAAGAUCAAGGCCACAGAGGGGAUGAAGACGAGGGACCUUCACAGACUGGGAGAUGAGUACAACUCUAUCUUCAUCAGUACUGAGAGCUACAGGAGCGCCCGGUUGGCCGCUGGGGCCUGCUUUAAUGCAGUACAGGCUGUUCUGACGGGACAGGUCCGUAAUGGCGUGGCCAUCGUGCGCCCCCCUGGUCACCAUGCCGAGAAGGAUGCUGCCUGUGGGUUCUGUUUCUUCAACACCGCCUCCCUGACUGCCCGAUACGCCCAGUCCAUCUCCCAGAAGCCCCUGCGGGUCCUCAUCCUGGACUGGGAUGUUCACCAUGGCAACGGAACACAGCACAUCUUCGAAGAGGAUGACAGUGUCCUCUACAUCUCCCUGCAUCGCUACGAGGAUGGGACCUUCUUCCCUACUUCCGAGGACGCACACUACAACAGAGUGGGCGAGGGGAAGGGAGCAGGGUUCAACGUCAACAUCCCCUGGAACGGAGCCAAGAUGGGCGACGCGGAGUACCUUGCAGCCUUCCACUCAGUGGUCAUGCCCAUCGCUAGAGAGUUUGACCCGGGCCUGGUUCUGGUAUCGGCAGGGUUUGAUGCAGCCAGAGGCGACCCUCUAGGAGGGUACCAAGUGACCCCCCCGGGCUAUGCCCACCUCACCCACCUCCUGAUGGGCCUGGCAGGCGGCAGAGUAUUGGUCAUCCUGGAGGGUGGUUAUAACCUGACUGCCAUUUCGGAGUCUAUGUCUGCCUGCACCAGCAUUCUCCUGGGAGACCCCGCUCUGCCCCUGCCUCCCUUGCCCCCACCUCACCCCAACGCAGCAGUCAGCAUCAACAAGGUCAUACGCACCCACUCCGUCUAUUGGCUGUCCCUCAGGAUACAACUUCCAGAGUCUCUCCGUCUGUCUCUGCCAAACCCCAAACCCCGAGGGAAGAGGACUUCUAAGGGCAAGAAGUCUCCCAGACAGGGUAACCAGGGCGGAGCCAGCCCUGGUCAGGGGUCACCUCAGACCACACCUCAGACCACAUCUCAGACCACACCUCUGACCACACCUCAGACCACACCUCUGACCACACCUCUGACCACACCUCUGACCACACCUCUGACCACACCUCAGACCACACCUCAGACCACACCUCAGACCACACCUCAGACCACACCUCAGACCACACCUCUGACCACACCUCUGACCACACCUCAGACCACACCUCAGACCACACCUCUGACCACACCUCUGCCCUCUGGCGAUCGGGGCGACCUUGACUUAGAUGACCUCACAAAGGGACUGGUGUCACUCGACCUAAACCAAAGUACCUCAGCCAAUCCCAGCCCAGCGUCUGUCCCUGUGGGUGGAGCCAGGUCGAAGGUGAGGCUCAGUCCUAUGAAGAGCCCAGUUGUUAAAGAGGUUAAGACGGAAGCUGUUCCAAAUACGCCCGAGAUUCUCCAACCAACGCCUGACGAGACAGAGACGCCGGCGGUCGCCAUGGCUGCCUCAGACCCAGUUACCAAGGGAGACCAGGAGAGCGGUGCGGUGGAGGUGGAAGGGGCGUCUGGUUACUCCAAGGAGCCGGUGUUUGAGCUGUUCUGUGGAAACCAGGAUGUUGACGGGAGCACCAUGUACGUGGUGGAUCCCCUGUCCUGGUGCCCCCACCUAGACUCAGUGAGGCCUGUUCCUGUUGGAGGUAUAGAUGUGUUUCGGCCCUGUGAGGACUGUGGAACUGACACUGAGAACUGGAUCUGUCUCUGCUGCUACAAGGUGUACUGUGGUCGCUAUGUCAACCAGCACAUGUUAACCCACGGCGUGGCGUCAGAACACCGGCUGGUGCUGAGCUUCGCUGACCUGUCGGUGUGGUGUUACUCCUGUCAGGCCUACGUCCACAACCAGAUGGUGUUUGAAGCCAAGAACGCUGCCCACUGUAUGAAGUUUGGAGAGGACAUGCCCCUCUCUAACUGAAGCCAUACAUGGAUGAGAGAGAGAGAGAGAGAGAGAGAGAGAGAGAGAGGACAUGCCCCUCUCUAACUGAAGCCAUACAUGGAUGAGAGAGAGAGAGAGAGAGAGAGAGGACACGGAACAUAUGUUGUUGUGAAAGCAAAAUAUAAAAGACUACUGUUCUGGUCUCGGUGCUAAUUGUUAGUGCCUCUGCUUGCUUGGCAGACGUGACUGUGCCUUUAAAUCUCUCUUUAUAUUCUCA